AUAUCAGGCAACAGCUUAAUGAACAGUUAAAAUGUCUAGACUUGAGAGUUGAAAUCCAAGCUUCUAUUAUUGUUGAACUUCAAGAUUUCUUUCGACGAAGAGCAGAAGUAGAACUGGAGUAUUCUCGCUCUCUUGAGAAGCUGGCUAAAAGCUUCACCUUACGACACAAGGCAGAGAAGCAAAAAAGAGGACAAUGGCAUCUGUUCUGUUCCAAUUUAUGCUGGGAACAGCUACUUUCCACAACCAGGACAGAAAGUAAAAAUAGAGCUAUUCUAAGUGACAUUUUUGCCAACCCCCUUGCCAGUCGUCUUGGACAGAUCACAGAAGAUGUACAGCAAACGUAUAGAAGGUGUCGAGAAGUGGAUUUAGAAUGUCAAGCAGAGCUGUUAAAAAUUUUGAAUGAACUGCACACAAGCAUGAAGACCUACCAAUCUUAUCAUUCUGACCAAAAGCAGGUGGAAAGUAAACUUAGACUUCUAAAUUCUCAAAAGACCAAACUAGAACAAUCAACUUGUGUUGAGAAGCUUCAGCAACUGAAGAAAUAUCGUCUAAUAAUAAAAGACCUUCAGAAGAGAGAGUCCAAGUAUUUUGAUGCAAAGCUCAAAUCCAUGAAGGCUCAAAAUGAUUACUUGCUGAGCAUGGAAGCUGCCAAUACAGCAGUUCAUAAGUAUUAUGUUGAUGAGCUUCCUGAUUUGAUUGAUUGCAUGGACUUUGGAUUGUAUACACUUAUUGCUGGUGCACUUCAAAUGUAUGUCUCUGCAGAAGAGUGUCUUCAGAAUUCCAGACAGAACAACAUCGACAGCAUGGUCAAGUGUAUCAGUAAACUCGACACAAAACUAGACAAACAGCGAUUUCUGGAAAACAAUAACUCAGCCUUUAUGGUACCUAAGAAAUUUGAAUUUCAAACUAAUAAAGGAGAUAUGGUACCCAAGCUGUGUUUGGAUAAAGCUGUAAAAGAAGAACUAGAACAACGAUAUAAGCAGUUACACAAACGUCUGACUGCACUUAAAGCAGAAAAUGAAGAGGUUUGGAAAACCCUUCAGACAGCAGAAUGUUCAUUGCUGGAAAUUAUAAGUAAGAAAGAUUAUGACUGCUCUUCAUUAUUUGCUGAAGAAAAUAGUACCAGAAGUAAUUUAAAGGAGAUUGAAACAAUUUCUCUGAAACUUCGAGCUGAUAAACAGGAAACAGAAGAAUUUUAUCUCGGUAAAUUUCAAAAGUACACCCUUGACAGCAGCUUGAUAGCUCGACUACAGGUAAAAGCUGAUCUUAUGCAUCAAGCAAUAACGUAUGAACCAGUAAAUGGUAACAGACCACCUGCCAAUCCAAUACAAACACACAUGUUGCCACAUCAACCAAGGAAGAAACGAAUUGGUCAAACACCAAUUGUAGGGCAGCCAAAGCUUUUUGGUGGAAGUUUGGAAGAGUACUUAUAUGCUAUGAACCAAGAAAUUCCUCUUAUUGUUCGCAGUUGCAUCAGGUUCAUCAAUUUGUAUGGCUUACAACACCAAGGGAUAUUUAGAGUGUCUGGUUCCCAGGUUGAGAUCAACAAUUUUAAAGAAGCAUUUGAAAGAGGAGAAGAUCCACUAGUAGAUGUGACAGACACAAGAGACAUCAAUACAGUAGCAGGAGUCUUAAAGUUAUAUCUGAGAGAGUUGCGAGAACCUUUGUUUCCAAUCUUCUUCUUCGAUCAGCUGAUAGAAAUAAGUC